UUUCACUGCAUUCAAGUAAACACUUAAUAGCCAUGUUUUUCAAAGUAGGUGAAACCAUUGCAUGCUUAAAAAAUCAACAGGGAAUAUCCUGGGGAAAAAAUAGAGCAUAGCCAUCCUGCUAUUUGUUUUGUUUACUUUUAUCGCUACCUGACUGCCAUUUUGGAUUGUUGCUAGCUUCAACACCAGUGUAGUUUCAGUUUAUGUCUAACAGAAGGUAAACAAAGAUGGUAGGGUAGAGGAAAGAAAAGGUGUAGAAGUUUUAACUGAACUAUAUACGUGAAUUUAGUUUUUGUUGGUCUGAUGUUAUGGAUCCUGUAAAGAAAAAACAAACACGCAAGAAACUCAUUCAAGUUUCUCUACCAAAAGAAGAAAAAAAGAAGAACGUUAAAAUAUCUAGCAUAAAAAACUUAAGUAAGACCACUUCAGACGAUGCAGCACCUGGCCAACGGCAAAAUCGCUAUGGACGAAGUGGUCCAACAAUGCCAAGAAGUCGGGUAGCUCCGGUUGAUAGUAUCGUCAGUGCUAAAACUAAUAGCAAUAGAAAUCGACCGACUCAGUUAGCUACUAUUCUUUCCCCUAAAAAUUACACUGUAAGGCCUAUUGUGCCUGCCAAAAAGAAAGAAGUAGUUUCUGUUGCCAGAGCAAUGCACAGAGAAGAAUUUGCACCCAGAGUUCAAAAUUUAUUCAGUGGCGAAACUAAUGCAGCACUAGAAGCCAUUAAAAGUGGGGUAUACAUUGGUUGGAGGUGUCCAGAAUAUGACUGGGAUUGCAUCCGACUAAGUAAACAUUCGCGUUGUUUUUGCGAUCACAAUUUAAGUGAACAUGCGUCGUACAACAAAAGCAGUAUUAAAGUGAAAUGUCUCGCUGCAAAUUGUAACUGCAAGGCAUUCGCAUUUAUACCGGAAAGGCCUGAGGACAUUGGUGAAUGGUGGUUACCAAAAAGACCUGGAUUUAAUCCAGGCUUGUGGAGGGCAAAGUGCAGAUGCAAGCAUACACACGAUCAGCACAACCCAAACACAAGAAAAUGCACGGUCCGUUUUUGUGGUUGUUUUAUAUUUGAAUCCGAUUUUUUAUGUGCCGCUUGUGACAAACAUUGGGAAAACCAUGAAACAUUUUUUGACGAUUUAGAUUCCCGAAAACACAAAAAAUUGCCUUAUGGACAAGCAUAUUUACCAUUUCAUGAAUUGCCAGAUCUUCGAAAUAUAUGCUUAACAGGUAAGGAAGAUGACUGUGAUGUAUUUAACAGCAUAGCAAGUGGACCUUAUGCUGUGCCUGAUAUAAAUCAAGAAAAUGAUCAACUAAGAUCCUUACGUAUGAAGUAUAACCAUUUCACAAAGAAUUGAGAAAAAAAUAAUGACGAUUUUUUAACAACAAAUUACUAAUUACAUACGUUACAUAUGUUUGUAAACAUGAAGACUAGAAGCGAUGCUAUGUUAAGCAUAUCCUGAGAAGAAUUAGCCUACAACAAUUAGCCUAGAAAUAUUGUGGAAAUGUUCGUAUUUUUGCAUGAAUGAAGAACAUCGUUUGGUGAAUACUUUGCAGCCUGUAGCUACGAAAUAUUUACAUUUGCUCUAGA